UCGUUUAUUUGCUCACCUCAAGAAUUGGUCUUUAAUCUACCAAAUGCGCGAGGUGAGAAAAAUAGUCUACUAUAUCAUUUCUCCCUCACAUACUUAAUUUAUGGAAGAGAUCAUUUAGGCAAAGCUGCCAUAAACAUGUUGCUGGAUCGCGCCAUUAUCAAGCGCACUCAAAUGUUGUUGGAAAUGUCAUCCGCCGCAGCUUCCUCCAAUCAGCCUAUUUCACACACACCCCCUGCAAGGAUUGUGUUUCUUUCGUUUUCAUUUCCCGGAAGGGUCGGAUGUGAAAAUAGUGAAGUUUAAUCUCUUCGAAAGUUAUAUUCAAUCUUCACUGAAUAUGGAAUUUGGGGAGGUUUGACCUGUACUUUAUUUCAUUUAUUGGACGAGCCUUAUGUCUGUUUAUGAGGAAAUUGGCAGGUUUUUUUUUCGGACAGUCGAACUGAUAAAGGAUACUGCCAUGGAGACCAUUUCUCCGGUGAAGCAAGAAACCACAGCAAACAGUCCUACAUCCAUAAUUCAUGGAAGGCAAGUCAACAUUCCUCUCAGUGUGCAUCACUCCCCCCCUAACCAGCUUCCUUUGGCCAGUCCACCCACUCAGGAUGACUUGUGGCAUCUACCUGGACGGCUGCGAAUAAACCCAUCUCUGUGGGAUAAGGAGGAUGUUGCCCACUGGCUCCAGUGGGCUCAGAGGGAGUACUCACUGCGCCGGCCUGAAAAGGGACGCUUCGAGAUGAAUGGUCGAGCCCUGUGCCUGCUCACCAAAGAAGACUUCAGACGCCGCUCCCCAAGCUCAGGUGAUGUUCUGUAUGAGAUUCUGCAGUGUGUAAAACAGCAGAGAAGGAGUGUUGUCUGCAACCACCCAAAUUUGUCUCCCUCCAUGGCAGCUGGACCCAUUCAGAGUCCAGUCAGCUGCAAGACACCCCCUCAGAGUGUCCAAGAGCGCCAGCCUCCCACAGUCAAUGACGCCAAAGAUGGAUCAGUAGCUGUCUCUGCAUUGCCCCAAAACCAAGUUCAGUGUCCUCCUCAAACUCAGACAGUCAUCCAGGAGCCGCUCAACCUGUCCAGUCGAGAAAAGCCAAGGAGCCCACUACACAAAGCUCAUGGCCAUAUCCCAGAGUGCAGACUGCUGUGGGACUAUGUGUAUCAGCUGCUUUGCGACGAUCGUUAUCAAGAAUACAUACGAUGGGAAGACCAGGACAGCCUUGUGUUCAGGGUGGUUGACCCUAACGGACUGGCGCGUCUCUGGGGAAACCACAAGAACCGAGACAAUAUGACCUACGAGAAAAUGUCCCGGGCUUUGAGACACUACUACAAGCUCAACAUAAUAAAGAAGGAGCGAGGACAAAAACUUCUCUUUAGGUUUCUGAAACUACCACAAAACAUCAAGAAACCUCACGCUGAUCCUGCCGAGACAUCAGAACACUCUCCACCUCAGGACGGGGACUUUCCAGACAACAGUCCUACAUAUGAGUUCUGUGAGGACCAUUUUGAGGUUUCCCCUGAUCGUGCUUCUCCACAGCAUCCUCCAUAAACACUGUAUUACAAAUCCUAAAAACAAUACAACAACACAAGUGAUUACAGAAUACAAUGGAGAUGUGUGUACAGAAAAUAACCCAGGCAUGUAUAGGUUUAACAAAAUGCACUGUUAAUUGUAUUUUAAGGGAAUUUUUUCACUGUGAUAAUGCUUUUUCUUUUGCUGUGGAUAAAUGCUUAUGUCAUUGUGAUCAGAACACUAAUAUUAAGGAAUGACAAAAACUGUGAAAGAAAUCACAUCAAUUUUCAAAAAGUCAAAUGAUCAUUAUGACUUAGAUUUCUCAGGCUUGCUCAACUUAAUGGCAAUGCAAAACUUAUUUUCAUACAUUAUAAAAGACUUAAGUGGUGGGGUUGACUCUGAAAUUCUUGUUGCAGAUUGUUGUGAAAUAGAAUUAGGCAUGGUAUAGAGAUUUUUCAUUUUUAUACAAAAAUGUAUUGUGUUGCAGUCUAAAAUGUACAGUUUAUUUUGCUGUAUAAACCUCAAGAUGAAGUAUUUAAGUUUCAUAUUUGGUACAGCCUGUAUGUUAAUCGCCUGUGUUUUUCCUGCUUUGUAA